CGAGCAGCCCCAGCGGCGCCGGGAGCCGAGCCGAGCCGGCGGGCGCGGGCCGCGGGAGACGCCCGCCAUGGCCUCCAAGGCUCGGGUUAUGUAUGAUUUUGCUGCUGAACCUGGAAACAAUGAGCUGACGGUUAAUGAAGGAGAGAUUAUCACAAUUACAAAUCCGGAUAUUGGUGGAGGAUGGUUGGAAGGGAAGAACAGCAAAGGAGAACGAGGGCUUGUUCCUACAGACUACGUGGAAAUUUUACCCAAUGAUGGAAAAGAUCAGUUUUCUUGUGGAAAUUCAGUGGCUGACCAAGCUUUCCUUGAUUCCCUCUCAGCAAGUACAGCCCAAGCCAGUUCAUCAGCUGUCAACAGCCAUAACCAGGUUGGUAGUGGCAAUGACCCCUGGUCAGCCUGGAAUGCCCCCAAAUCUGGAAACUGGGACAGUUCAGAUGCCUGGGGCUCCAGGCCAGAGGCGGCUGGCACCCAGAGAAACACCGCCAACAACUGGGACGCUGCCUUCGGCCACCCUCAAGCCUACCAGGGACCAGCGCCCGGGGACGACGAUGACUGGGACGACGACUGGGACGACAAGUCCUCCUCGGGCUACUUCAAGGACGCGGAGUCGGCAGAAGCCGGGGCCGCUCAGCGAGGGGGUGGCCGCCCUGCUGCCUCCUCCAUGAAGCUGCCGCUGAACAAAUUUCCUGGAUUUGCAAAACCUGGAAUGGAACAGUAUUUGUUGGCGAAACAACUAGCAAAACCCAAAGAGAAAAUUCCCAUCAUUGUUGGAGAUUAUGGCCCAAUGUGGGUGUACCCUACCUCUACAUUUGACUGUGUAGUCGCAGAUCCUAGGAAAGGCUCCAAGAUGUAUGGCCUGAAGAGCUACAUAGAGUAUCAGCUAACACCUACUAACACUAAUCGAUCUGUAAACCACAGGUAUAAGCACUUUGACUGGCUGUAUGAGCGUCUGCUGGUUAAGUUUGGGUCCGCCAUUCCUAUCCCUUCUCUCCCAGACAAGCAGGUGACAGGCCGCUUUGAAGAAGAAUUUAUCAAGAUGCGCAUGGAGAGGCUCCAGGCCUGGAUGACCAGGAUGUGCCGGCACCCAGUCAUCUCAGAAAGUGAGGUUUUCCAGCAGUUCCUCAAUUUCCGAGAUGAAAAGGAAUGGAAAACUGGAAAGAGGAAGGCUGAGAAAGAUGAGCUGGUUGGUGUCAUGAUCUUUUCCACCAUGGAACCUGAGGCACCUGACUUGGACUUAAUCGAGAUAGAACAGAAGUGUGACGCCGUGGGGAAGUUCACCAAGGCCAUGGAUGACGGCGUGAAGGAGCUGCUGACCGUGGGGCAGGAGCACUGGAAGCGCUGCACAGGCCCAUUGCCCAAGGAAUACCAGAAGAUAGGAAAGGCCUUGCAGAGCUUAGCAACGGUAUUUAGUACUAGUGGCUAUCAAGGUGAAACAGAUCUCAAUGAUGCGAUCACAGAAGCGGGGAAGACUUAUGAGGAAAUUGCCAGUCUCGUGGCAGAACAGCCCAAGAAGGACCUGCACUUCCUGAUGGAGUGCAGCCACGAGUACAGAGGCCUCCUCGGCUGCUUCCCGGACAUCGUCGGCGCUCACAAGGGAGCAAUAGAAAAAGUGAAAGAAAGUGACAAGUUAGUUGCAACUAGUAAGAUCACCCCACAAGAUAAACAGACUAUGGUAAAGCGAGUUGGCACCAUGUCGUACGCUUUGCAAGCUGAGAUGAAUCACUUCCACAGUAACCGGAUCUACGAUUACAACAGCGUCAUCCGCCUCUACCUGGAGCAGCAAGUACAGUUCUAUGAAACAAUCGCAGAAAAGCUGAGGCAGGCCCUCGGCCGCUUUCCGGUUAUGUAGAACAGAAUGGAACAUGAAGAAAACGCCCAAGUGCUUCUUUUUGACUGGGACAAUGCAAUUCAAAGUUGUUGUUUUUUUCCCCUACUGUAAAAGAAAAAGAGGAAAAAGAAAUGGAAGAAAACCAAAAAAAAAAAAAAGAAGAAGAAAAAAAAACCUAUUUUUUUUUCAACUAGCCUAAAUGCAUCCAUUAUUUAGGGAUGAUCUUUGGUUCAUUUCUACACUCGUUGCUUAAACCAAUGGAAAUUGUCUCUAUUUUUGGAAAGUACAUGAAUUUAUCAGGAUUUUGAAUGGAGAGUUAGGGGUUCUCCCCACUGAUAUUUUACAUAUAAUCAUAAUUUAUACAUGACCCAUGAUCUUCCAGAUCUUGCCCAGUGCCAGAUAAUUAAUUACUAAUUGCUUUCUUAAAAAUAUGAACUAUGCCAGAAUAAAAAAAAAAAUAUGGUUUGUA